AAAGGCAAAUAGCAAUUCCCCCAACCUUGCAAUUAUUACACUAUUCAAUCAACACAAAGUCCCUUUAUCUCUUCUGCUGCACAAAACAAAACACACACAACACACAGUGAUUGAAAGGCAAUGGCAUUUGCAGGUACAACUCAGAAAUGCAUGGCAUGUGAGAAGACUGUAUAUCUUGUAGACAAGCUCACUGCAGACAACAGAAUCUUCCACAAGGCUUGCUUUAGAUGCCACCACUGCAAAGGCACUCUCAAGCUAGGGAACUACAACUCUUUUGAGGGAGUUCUCUACUGCAGGCAUCACUUUGAUCAGCUCUUUAAGAGAACCGGCAGUCUAGACAAAAGCUUCGAAGGCACACCCAAAAUUGUGAAGCCAGAGAAACCAGCAGAUUUUGAGAAACCUAAUGCUAACAAGGUUUCGACCAUGUUUGGUGGGACAAGAGAUAAAUGCCUUGCCUGCAAGAACACCGUCUACCCAACUGAGAAGGUGUCGGUGAAUGGGACGUCGUACCACAAGAGCUGCUUCAAGUGCACCCAUGGGGGGUGCACGAUUAGCCCGUCGAACUACAUAGCGCACGAGGGGCGGCUCUACUGCAAGCACCACCACAUUCAACUCAUCAAAGAGAAGGGCAACUUGAGCCAGUUAGAAGGAGAGAGCAAGAACACAAGUGGUGUAGUGUAGCUGAAGAUCAUAUCAUACUAUUUGAACUUUAAUUGAGACCACAUUGAUUCCAUGUGUUUUGUGUGGAUUGUGUUCUUAUUUUUGGUGUUUGAGAAUAAAAUGGAGAUUGAGAAAUUCAAAAGAAUAAAAGUAUGUAUGGAUAUUGUACUUGAUCAUUUAUACUAUCUCUUUUCCAAAAUGA